AGGCUUAUAUCCCCAGGCUAGUUACAAUAAAAGUGAUGUUGAGUGGUUUCUGUCUAUGAUCUUACCAAGCAUGUGGUUUUACUGAGGACGAUAUUGAGCUCUCACGUUCCCGAGAGAACUAUGCAUGUUAUUUCUCUUCACACACCAAUGAUGACAGACAUUUUCUAUUAGGUCAUAAUUAAGGUUUAACUAAAUAUAGUCCUGCACUGACAUACUAUGUGACAGGAAGUCAGCUCUUUCUGAUUUGUAAAGAAGGAAAGAAGGCACCUGUGCUUGUUUAGAUAGAAGGGUACCUGGUAGUUAAGAGGAAUUCUGUAAAGAUAGAUCAGGCUGACAUGUGACGCCACGUCUUCUAUAGACCACAAAUAUUUCUCUAGGAUACACUUGGACUCAACUCAGGUGAUUAUUACAAGCCACCUUUGAGGAAGUGAUUUACAAGCAUUGAAGCAUCACUAAAAACCUGUUGAACAUGGUUCAUUUGUCAUGCGUCUUCACAAAGCAGUGUAAGAUACCUUUUGCACACUUACCUCCUCCUACACUUUAUUUCCUUGAAUAAAGUUGUGCUGUAAGGUUGGAAACACUUUAAAGAAGGUUUUAAUGAAGACCAGCUAUAUUAAAGUUAAGCAAACAUUGCCAAGCAAGUGCCAGCUCUUGAGUCGCAUAGUAAUAAUCUUUCACAAGAACAACGGCUUCUCUGUAAAAUCAAAUGCAAACAGUAAGCACAGAAUUUGCCAAGCCCUGCAAUGAAUCAAUUGUGCAGGAGUGUUUGACGGUUUCCUCUGGGAGAGGUUCAUUCAAAGGAAACAAGGCAUUCUUUUGGCAGGUAAAAAGGGGAUACAAAGACUUGCAAAAGCAUGGCUAGAUUUUUGUAUCAGAUUUCUGUAAGUUUGUUGAUCCACCACUGCAAUGCAAACUUUUGUUUUGACAGUCUACUUCCAUUGAGAAAGAGAAAUGUAAGCAUGUAAACAAAUAGGAAAUAAAUGGUUUGAUUAGUUUGUUAUUCUUGUUAAUAGAAGUUUUUUUGAUGGAUGAAUGGAUGGUAUAAUGAAACGCUAAGGGAUUUUCUCCUUACUAGACAUUUCACAUAUGAGCAUUUUUAUCUAUUCUGUACUAUAACUUUGUGUGUUUGUAAAACAAACCCUGUUCAUCAGGUUUUGUCUAUUCAGAAAUACAGUUUGUUCCUUAAUGGUUUGUAGUGUCAGUUAGCUAACUGUCCUGUGGAGCAGUUAACUAUUAGAUUUUAUAAAAAAGAUUUUGGCACACCUUAAGAUGACUAAGUGCACAUUGUUGUUUUAUGCAACACUAAUUGAGAAUGGUUGGCAUUAGUAGAGAUGCUUAAAUUUAUGGUCAGAUUAUUGUAGCUUCCAGUGAUUGUCUGGUUUCUCAGUGGUGACACACGCUUCUCAUUCAGAACCUGCUGUGUGUUAAACUGUCAUUUCUUUUAUAGAAAUCUGAGGUUAUGUAAUGGGCUUUCUGCAUCAUAAAAUGACCUAAGAUGCCACCUGAAAGUAACAAAAAGGCCCCAGUUAUUUAAACAUUUAUUUUAAUGGUUUGGAGAAAACAGGUCACUCAGGUAAAAGCAGGAAUUUUAUAUUAUACUUCACUAUAUUUAUUGUCCCUAAAUACCAAAGGUUAAUUUUAGACAUUAGCCAUAAAUUAUGCUUGUAGAUUCUGAGGUUUGUUGAUUUCAAUUUGAGAUACUUUUAGCUGUGCAUUUGUUGAACACUUUUCUUCUGUUUGCUACUGAAUGAAUUGUCCACAAUCAACUCUAAAUCGUUCUGUAUUGCCCCCAUGUGGUAAAGUUCUGAACUGCAGUGUUUUGGAUAAGCAUGGUGUGUGUAAUCUAUUGUGUUACUUAUUUAAAUGUAACACAUUAACACAAAGGUUUUACAUUGUCAGGUGUGUGUGUGUGUGCUUCAUAAAGCUAAUGUUUUGUAUCUGUAACAACACAACAAAGCCACAUUUUUUACUAACUGCCAUUUCUUUCAGGAUAUUAAUACACAUUAUGAUCGCUCCAUUAUGAUAAACCUGACCACAUUUAGCCCACAUUUAACCUGCUCUUAAAGUUAACCUUUAUAUUUGAUCUAGUCAUCCUUAUGUAGUUUUUUCUCCUCUGUUCCCAAUCCCCCCAUCUUUGCGGACCCCUGAGAGAGUUUCCUCCAAUAUUUGGAUGAGCCACAUUUAGUAGGUGUGGUGUGAAACCAGCGAAGAGGAGGAGAAGGAGGAAGAAGAAAGUGAGGAUUUAAAGGCUAGUAUUGCAUUCUGUUUGCAGGUUGAGCACACAGGAAUUCGUACAUACUUCUUCAGUGCAGACACUCAGAAGGAGCAAGAGGACUGGAUCCAAGCCAUGACUGAGGCUGCCAGGGUCCACAUCUCGGCCACAUCCAGAAAUAAAUCUGAGCAUGUCCAUGAAGCAGAACAAAACGACAUGGUAGCCAAAUGUCUCGAGCCAAACUCUCAUGCAGAUAACGGCCAGAGGACAGAUGUCUACGAGCCUAUCAAACACGAGCUUAACGGCGUAGAAACCAGAGACACCAUGCCCAGCACCCCAGUGACCCCAGCUACCUCUUAUAUAGAGGGCAAGAUAGGGGAGAAAGGAGGCCUGGCACCCCAUCACCCCAACGGCUGGGGUACCUAUGGUCCUCCCAACGGUUCAAGAUACCAGUCCCAAGACAAAGUGAGGGACAUGCGGGAGCCGCAUGAGGAGAAUAUUGUGAUGCGGAGGGGCUUUGUGCCUAGGACAGCACCGGAGAGACUCGCCCAGAGGAAGAGCUCCAUGACACAGCUGCAGCAGUGGGUCAACCAGCGGCGGACCACAGUGGCUCAGGACGACGGCCGCAGUCCAUCCAGGUACUACACAGUAAACCGCGCUAUGUCACCAGACUGUUACGGUGUGUACAGCGGCCCUCCGAAUGUGGAUGACUAUCCCCUCUACCCACCUGGUGUGCGGCCUGAGAGCAUCUGCUCCAUGUCUGCUGCUUACAACCGACCACCUCCUCACUGGACCAUGGAAGAGAGGAGGCGGUCAUUGCGAGACGGACCCUUAUAUGGUCAACCUCGAGACCCGCAGUGGAUGAUGGGACCCCACGGUCCUGCCUAUUACCCUCAGUUAGACUCCGCACAGAACUCUAUGAGAGGGCUUUCCAUACAGCCACGCUCACGGUCAGUCCCUCGUUCACCCUCCUCUUCAUCAGGAGGACACUAUUCUCCGCACAGCUUCGCCUCACCUGCCCGAUCGCCCAGCGCCAGGUUUGAUCGGGGACCCGGAAGAAUCAUAGAGGAAAGUAUAUAUGCUGACCCCUCAGUGUACGGGCUCCGCAGGUCACUGAGCUCACCCAAGUAUGAUUUCACUGGAGAUCGUCGCUCCUACAGUCAAGGAAUGUACCACUACAACUACCCAGCUUCCCCUUCGGUUCAAAGCAAAAUGGAGGACAUUUUAGAUGUGCAGCUUCAGAGGAACCUGGAGUACCUAGAUCAGCAGAUGACAGAUGGUGAUCAUCUAAUCGGCAUGGUAACCAGAAUGGUUGAGCGUUCCUCUCCUCGAGCAAAACUAUUUUCACAAGUGCCUCCAUUCCAUGAUGUGUACAGUGACCUUCAUCCCGCACUGAAGCGCAAUGAGAUUGAGACCAGUAAACUUCUGGACAGCUUGUGUGAGCAGAAUCGACUUGUGAAAGAGCAGGAGGCUGUAGUGCAUCGUUUGCGAAUGGAAAAGGACAGCCUAGAGGGGGUGCUGGUGGCCACGCAUCAGGAGAUGGAGCUGUACAGGAACCAGCCGCUGGUUAUGGAGAAACUUCAGCUGAAGAAGGAGAGUCUACAAAACAAGCUGAUUAACAUCAGAGGAGAGCUGUCUCAGGCCUCCAGUGCCCUGACCAGCACCCGUAUGGAGUUUGAGGCACUAGAGGAUGAAGUAUACAGCAUCCACGGGGACUUAUGGGAGCACCUGAAUGCUGGAGGGCAGAGUGAGCUGGUACACAGGCACAUUCAGAAGGAGUUCUGGAGGGUUCAGGAUGUUUUGGAGGGGAUGCACAAGAAUCACUCUCGCGGCACGGAUACGGCCAAGCACAGAGCCAGUGGAGCAUCCGGCUCCUUCAGCACAAACAGUCCUGCAAGCCCCUUGAGUUCAGUGAGUCUGACGAGUCCUCUCAGCCCCUUCUCUCCUGUCCCUGGCUCUCAGGCCUCUCCAACUAAACAGCUGGCCACAGAGGAGGUUGGUCCUCCGCGACCUCCACUUCCUAAGUCUUACCAGCCCCUGGAGUCCUCCCAGUCUUUCCCCCCUUCUGCCCCCCCCCUGCCCUUAGAAAGCAAUGCCUGGCUGUGCAGCAUGGGCUCCCAUUCAAGCAUCCACCAGGAAGGCUACAAGGACAAUGAAGAUUUCCACAGCAGAAAGCACAACUACAGCUCACAUGGAGAAAGGAUCAGUGACUUUGAUACAGAGCAAUCCAACCAGAAUAAAGUCGGAAUUAUUCCACCCAGGACCAAGUCACCUUCAGAAGACAAGAACAAUUCUGAUGGCGUCCAACGGAGGAAUGGGAAGGUGUCCAAUGGUCACAUUUCCAGAGAGAGGCCAAAGAGUGCAGUGUUCCCCGCAGAGGUGAAGUCUAAAAUGAGUGUGGAGGAACAGAACGAGAGGAUACGAAGAAACCAGAGCAACUCAGUCAGAGACAAGAGGCGCAGCCUCAACAUCUCCAGCAACCAGAACAUUGAUGGCUACAAAUCUUCUGCUAACUACAGAGUGGUGCGGAGGAGAGUGACGGCUGAUGAGGUGGUUAUUAAGGAUCUUGAGGCGGCUGUUAGGGGAGAAGGUUUGGAGUCACCCAGAGAAGAAAUUGCUCGUCUGCGACGACAGGUGGAACCUGAACACUAUGACCUGGAUCUCAACAAAGAGUUGUCCAUGCCGGACAAAGUCUUGAUCCCCGAGCGAUACUUGGAUAUUGAGCCCAGUACACCACUAAGCCCAGAAGAGCUGCGGGAAAAAAAGAAGAAAGUUGAAAGAAUCAAGACACUGAUUGCCAAAUCUAACCUGCAAAAUGUGGUGCCAGUGUUGGACGGGCCAGUGGAGGGACCCAGUAACCCAGAGCAGCAGCUUCAGGAGCAGGAGAAACGCAUUGAAAUGUCCUGUGCUCUGGCUGCCGAGGCCUCCCGCCGUAGCCGGCUACUCUCCGCACAGUGCGUUCCCAGCCCCCCUGCCUCCCCAACCAGCCUGGUCCCUCCCCCUUCUGCUGACUACUCUGACUCCUCCCACAUCAUGAAGGUGUGAAGCUCAAGCUCUUGCAGCUGUCAAAUUUGAGGGUGAGCCCUUCUGAUAUCCAGCAGACAAAGAAAAUAUGAAAAAAAAAUCACUGAACACCAAGAACAUUUUGUUUUGCCUCCGCCAAACAUUGUAUUUUCAACACCAUGCAGAGAAAUAUUUCAAAAUGUUGGGAUGUCUGUGGAGGGCUGUUCACAAGCGAGGUUAUCUGCCUCCACAUCUCCUCACAAUCCUCAUUCCGAGUACGUAACCCAUGGCAGAACUUUGAAUUCAAUUAAUCAUCUGCUUUGACUUGAUCUCGGAGGAUGGCAGUAAUAUUACAAAAGCUACAAACUAGCCAGGAGUGGACGAUGUUUACAGAUUCAUAUCUACUCUCAGUCAGAUUACUGACUGGAGUACAUACAGCAAAAUCAUACUACAAAUGCUGGGUACAGCUGCUCAGGGCGGAUUCUUGCAGACACAAGCACGUUUGUGACAGGAAGGAGCAUGACAGAGACCGAGAUGCAAACGGAGGAAAAUAGCCAUGCUUGAGGAAGUUGUAAAAACCAGACUAGGGAAUACAGCAAAGUUGUCAAAGCUCAGUUUAUCUGUUAAACAUCAGAAGAGAGAUUUGGAAGAAUUAGUAUGAUAAUUAUCUGUGUUCAGAACUAGCCGCAAUCAACCCCUGAUUUAUGAACAGAACUCUCAGGCUACGCUUACACGACAACGAUGUAGUCAAAAACAGAAAAGUUUUUCCCUUGUGUUUUUAAAAAGUUUCAUGUAUACACAACAUUUACACAUAUCCGCGAAAAUCGCCAAAAACGCUAUAUUGCGUAUGCCAGGCCAGUAGUUGGCGCUGUCACUUUGCUAGUAAACAGUACUUGUAGGAAAGUGAUGAUUAUAUGUUUUAUAUGAUGCUUCUCCGCUGUUGGUUGUAAUAUUGGCGAAGUAAAUCCACACAACAGUACCAUGUGCUCCGCCAUUGUUUUGUAUGUUUGUUUGCGCAUUUAAAAUCGUCACAUACUGCGCAUGUUUGCAUACCUAACACGUACUAUGCACAUGCAUGACGCCAUUGUUUUCAAAGAUUGCAGUAUUGGGUGUUGACACGGAAACAAUAACGGUGGCAUUUUCAAAAAUAUACGUUUUCACUUCCCUAAUCGCCGCUGUCGUGUAAACUAACCGGCGAAACGCAUAAAAAGUUUCACGUUUUUGGCUGAAAACGUUGUCGUGUAAACGCCCCCUCAGUAGGAGCUUGGAACUGUGGAUGAAUCCGUUGUUGUCUUGAUCCAAAGGAUGUUGUUGAUGAAAGAAGACUUAGCAUUGGGCACUUCUCUUCCAUCAACUUUAAGGCCAGACUCACUGUGACUCCUCCUGGCCUCCUCUUUUCCCACUGUCCUCUCUGGUUUCAAAAUAGGGCUUGAGAACCCUCUUCCCAUCAACACUGCAGUCUCUCAAACCAUUGCCAGGCCUUUAAGUACCAUGUGUAUCUAUAAAUAAAUCAGAUAUAUUGAUAUGACUAUUACUUUAAUCUUUGCAUCAAAGCCAUGUGGACUCAUCAUAGUGCUUUUACUGCUAGGACAGUACCAAAUAUCGGUACCUUAAAACUUGUGAGCGUGUGUGUUAGAUUAAUAAGAUGAGAAAGCCGAAACAUUGGAAGUGUCCUUAGAGUUGCAAGUCUGCUUGUUGAAACAAUGCGUGUUCAUGCGAGGCCAGCAACUUGCAUCACAGCCUGUAUAUACUGAUGUUAAAUUAUGUAACCUGUUGCCCCAAAAUAAUAUCAAAGCCCUUAUUUGUGGAUCGUUGUGCCAUUUGGAGAUUCAUUUAGCUGUUUCUUUUCUGCUGUGGCACAGUUUUUGUGUAAAUAUAGAUUAACGUGGAAUGAAAUGGUACAAUAUUUUGGAUUAUUUUUCUACCACAGGUAAUUACCUCUGUAAUCAAGCAGCUUGCUUAUAAUUUAUCAUAAAGUAAAGAACAAUUUGCCAAACCAUAUAAAUCUCCAUAUUUUUUUUACUUUGAGGUGAUCUUUCCCCAUAUCAAAACCUCUAAAAUGCCAUGCAAGUUGUUAGCCCAUUCUGUGCUUUCUAAUUGUCUUUUUUUAUGUGAAAUUAUUCUGUUUUAACUCUUGACUAAACACUGGCCUCAGCUUGUGUAUGAUCUGUUUUGUGAGAAUUUGUUUGAUGAAACUGUCAUGUCAUAAUUAUGUCUCUGCAAAAUCAUGUUAUUCUUAUUCCAAAAACAAAACAAAAAAAUUACCAUCAACCUGAAUCAUGCUAAUAUACAGUGUGUGAUCUGGGAAAGAGAAAAACGUUCCAGAGUAGCAAAUUAUUCAUUGUCACUUUUAAGCAAAAACAGGCCUGAAUGGGAAGACAAAGAUCUAUUUUUUAUCCUUUUUCAGAAAGAGAAAAACAAGAUUAGUGCAUCGCAUAUUUUUAUAUGUACAAAAUGAGGUUUUAAAAUGAUUAAAGAGAGUUUUGAUCUGAUAUAUUAUGGAGAUACUGAUCGAGGCUGAUAUAUUUUUAAUUUAUUGACCUAAACUUUACAGCAUCCUUUUAAAGGCCCUGUUUAAAAGUCAUUUUUAAGUGUUAUUUUGUACGUAAUUGGGAAAAAUGGUCAAAGUUGCAGUUGGACAGUCAAAGCAGAGAUGUCUAAUAUUUGAUCAAAAAAAAUUAUAGCAUAUAAAGUGGAAUUAACUACAGUAAUUCAAAAUAAGCACAUUGGUCUGUGUAAAUAUGUUUAAAUCAAAACACUGUAUUUCUUCAUAUUUACCAUAACUAAUGUUAUUUUAAGGGAAAAACGAGUCUGCUUGAGCUAUGCAAAUCAAACAAAAGACUUCAUGUGCUUGCUUUAGAAGUACCCUCAUGCAAUAAAGUGAAUGUAUUUAAAA